AUGCAAGAUUUACCACCUAUUGGAGGAUAUGAACCAGUUCAAUGGAAAAGAAAUUUACCAUCAAGAGGUUUCAGACCUGUCAUUUAUUUCUGGCUUAUAAGUGGAGCUAUGGGAUAUGGAUUUUACAGAUUCUACCAAGGAGUUGAUGAACAAAGAGAAUUAACCAGAGAAAAGCAAUGGGCUAGAUUCUUCUUACAACCAUUAUUAAUAGCCGAAGAAGAUAGAAACACCGCAAGAAGAUAUUUCAGUGAAUUAAAGAGACAAGAAUUAGUUAAAGAAUCUAUGAGUGAUGAAAUGAAAGCUAAAUUCGAAGAAGAAAUUUAUCAUGAUAAAUCUAAAUUACGUUUACCAAGAUAUACUGCUGGGGGUCCAGCUUCCGAGCAUUAA